AUGUCACUCAACGAAUACCUCCGUAAGAAUUAUGGGUCAAACAAGGCCAAAAAAGAGAAGAAACAAAAAUCAAAGCCUACAAGCAACUCAAGUCUGAAAAUACUAGACUCAUCUAGCGAUGUGAUGUUUGAUAAUAGCACAGGAGCUAUCAAUCAAAGGAGCGCGGAUGCGUCCACUCAAACCCAAAAAAAGAACCUUUGGAAGAACUUGAGCACUAACGAAGUGGUUGCUCGAAACCCUAACGCGGAGAUGCCCUCUCCUGAUGUCACUCAGGAAGCUCCUAAGAUGUCUUCAGGCGCCUUGGCAGGACUGCAGACAGCUGCCGCAGUGGAAGAGCAAAUAGCCGCACAAGAGUUAAAACAAAAGAAGGAAGCGGGACUGUCUCGAGAAAACAAGCAUACCAUUCAUAGAGACAGUAAAGGUCGGCGAAUCGAAAACUACGAGAACUUUGUAUCUUCAAAAAAGCGCGAUCAGGAGCUGGAAGAUCAACGGCGACAGCGUGAAAUUAGAGAACUGAAUAUGGGCGAGGUUCAGAAACAUGCGCUUCAAAGAAACCCUACCGAAGACGCGGAAAAGAGAGAUAUGGAUUUUAUGGAUCCCCUUGAUGCAUUCGAGAUGAAAAAUCCUAAGCUUGUGACACGGAGGUCACUUCUGGGGCGUAAACUGUACGACAAAAUAAGUCCAGAAAAUAGAUUUGGUAUCGAGCCUGGCUGGAGGUGGGACGGAGUCGACAGAUCCAAUGGGUUUGAGCGUAAAUGGUUUGCAAAGCAGCUAGAGCUCAACGAAAAAAAGGCAUAUGCACAAAGCCUAGGAGACACUUGA